AUGAAAUGUCAACAAUUUUUCAAGUUAGUCGCAGCGCUUGAGGAUGUAGUCGACGUUUGGAAACUUUAUAUGUAUAUAUGUAUAUAUAUAGUACAGUCCAACCUUGAUUUGAUAAAAAUGUCAACAACCAAAAAUUUCUACACUCAAGAUUUACCACCAAAAGGAGGAUACAACCCUAUUCAAACCUCACGAGUCGCCCUUCGUAGAAUUUUAACUCCUGCUGUCGCAUCAGGAUUAACAAUCGCAACAACCGUCGUUGGUGGUAUUGGAUAUUUUUUCAAUUAUAGGUAUGCACGGAGAGAUCAAGUUGAAUUGAGAAGUGCUAAAUUGGCAAUUAUGCCUAUGCUCCUUGCAGAGAGAGAUCGAGAGUAA